AUGAGAACGAGGCCAGAUAUUAAUUGGGACGUUCUGUUGGAAUCGAGAAGCGUCUCUGCUAGCCAGGACACUGGGAGAGUCGCUAGUGAAGUCCUGUACAGCGUCAACGUUACUCUGGUAACUACUCGGACAAUAGGGGCAAUUUUGGUCCGGGGCGGAGUGAAGGCGUCUAUAUGCUUGGUACCAAUGACCCACUUCAACGACACGAGUGACUUGAUAUGCAGGGUACGAACAUGGGAUGAUGAGAAAGAAAUGUUAUCAGCGUUCCAGGCGAUACAGCUGACGGCUGCAAACUACAAUAAUUUGUGGCAAAUAAGUACGCAUUGGGCAGACCCAGACAAUGAACUAGCUCACACCCGAGUCAGUUGGAUCUCCCCUCAACUUAAGGAGAGACGCGGCAGAGUAAUGUCGGAUGUGCGGACCGUGGCCACAGUCAACGUUUUCUUUCUAGUGGGUGUAACUAUUGUCGUGGCCGUCCUUCUGAUGGGAUGCUGCCUGUCAGCAGUGACGUGGUGGAGUAAUAGCGGGGCUCCAGAGAGUGUAAGUUUGUGA